CAGUGAUGGCCGCUUCCAUGACAUUAAAGGGAAACGGUAUUUGCUGCAGAAGCGCUACAGGAAGCAGAGUGAACACCACAGACUGCUGCACAUUAACACAUGAGAUGACUCUCUAAAAACAGACAUCCAGCUCUCGCACGAUAGGAAAUUAAUCAAUUCACAGCAUACGCAAUUCAAUUUGGGAGAGUUGGAAAUGGAGAAACAGCAGUUGUCUGGUUCGGACACUCCGGUGUUGCCUCCAGUGCCCAGAAAACCACAAACCCUCGGAGGAGGAAAUCCUGCAUCUCGACAAGACAGCGUUAAUUCAUUAGACAGCCCCACUGGAUCUCAUGUGGAGUGGUGUAAACAGCUUAUAGCAGCUACUAUCUCCAGCCAGAUCUCUGGCACUGUCCCUCCAGAAGCCGGGACCCACGAGUGCAAGGUUGGGAAGAAGAUAGAUUUCAGGGUAUCCAGGAGGCCUAACUUGAGGUUUCAGGACUCUGGUGAAGAGCAUGUCUAUCAGUGUGACAGUAACUCUGAGCUGCUGUCUCAUACUCUGGCAAUAUUUAGGAAUGUACGAAGACAAGCACCCAUAGACGAAGUGCCACUGGUUCCUGGAGAGACAAUCAAAACCACUGUUAAAGACGUGAUGUAUAUCUGUCCUUUCACUGGAGCUGUGACAGGCACGCUGACAGUCACGGACUACAAACUCUACUUCGUCAGUCUUGAAAGGGAUGUUCCUUUUGUGCUGGAUGUGAACCUUGGUGCCAUCAGCAGGCUAGAGACUAUCAGUGUACAGAGUCAUGGAGAGGAUACUAGUGGCAUGGAAAUUGUCUGUAAGGAUAUGAGAAGCCCCAGGUUUGCAUAUAAAAAAGAAGAGCAAAGUAAGCUGGAAAUUAUGGAGACAUUGACCAAGCAUGCCUUCCCUCUGUCAAAUGACCUGCCACUCUUUGCUUUCCAAUACAAUGAAGAGUUUCCAGAGGAUGGAUGGAAGGUUUAUGAUCCAAUGGCAGAAUAUAAGAGAAUGGGUUUGCCGAAUGAGAGCUGGACAAUCAGUAAGAGUAACAGUAAUUAUGAAGUAUGUGACACCUAUCCUGCUUUGCUUGUUACCCCGUCCAGCAUUAAAGAUGACGAGAUGAAACGAGUGGCCUCUUUUAGAGCUAAACACCGCAUACCGGUCCUCUCAUGGAUCCACCCAGAAACUCAAGCCACUAUAGUGCGUUGUAGUCAGCCUAUGGUGGGCCCGACAGACCGCCGGUGUAAGGAAGAUGAGCACUACCUGCAGACCAUCAUGGAUGCCAAUGCACAGUCACAUAAACUCACCAUAUUUGAUGCUCGCCAGAAUACUGUGGCUGAUAAUCACAAGGCUAAAGAUGGAGGUUAUGAAAAUAAGAAUUUCUACCCCAACAUGGAGCUAAAUUUCCUGGAGAUACCAAACAUUCAUGUUAUGAGAGAGUCUCUGCGUAAGCUGAAGGAGGUGGUUUAUCCCUCCAUUGAUGACCCCCACUGGCAUUCAGGCAUAGAUGCCACACACUGGCUGGAGUACAUCCGGCUUUUGCUAGUGGGUGCAGUGCAGAUUGCAGAUAAGGUGGAGUCCAGUAAGUGCUCUGUGGUGGUGCACUGCAGUGAUGGCUGGGAUCGCACAGCUCAGCUUACCUCUCUGGCCAUGCUGAUGCUGGACUCCUACUAUAGAACUCUCAGGGGUUUCCAGGUGCUGCUGGAGAAGGAAUGGAUCAGCUUCGGACACAAGUUUGCUGCGCGUGUUGGUUAUGGUGAUGAAAAUCAUGCAAACUCUGAGCGCUCUCCUCUUUUUGUGCAAUUUAUUGACUGUGUUUGGCAAAUUAUGAGACAGUUCCCUUCUGCAUUUGAAUUUAAUGAGCUCUUCCUCAUCACCACACUGGACCACCUCUACAGCUGUCUAUUUGGUACAUUCCUUUACAACAGUGAACAGGAGAGAGUUAAAAAGGCAUUUAACAGUAAGACAGUGUCUUUGUGGUCCUACAUCAAUAGCCAACCUGAGGACUUCAUCAACCCGUUCUACUUGGAAUAUGAAAACCAUGUGCUGUACCCCCUGGCCAGUCUCAGGCAUUUAGAGCUGUGGGUUGGAUACUAUGUACGCUGGAACCCCCGUAUGAGACCACAGAUGCCUGUACACCAGAACCUGAAGGAGUUGCUGUAUUUGCGUGCAGAGCUUCAAAGGAAGGUAGAUGAGUUACAGAAAGAAGUAUCUUCAACACGCUCUAUCUCCUCUUCUUCAGAGCACACAUACUCUCCCUCACAUGGCACACCCCUACAUACCAGUGUUUAAAAAAUAUGCACAGGUUGUGUAGAAUAAUCUUUAGAUGACAGUAAACAUAUUAAUGUGAGACAUCCACCUGUUUUUCCUUUAUUCUCACUGGAAAAUGCUUAGGGUUGAAUGUAUAGAGGCCCAGCAUUUAUUACACACUCAGGAGAAAGCUUGCAUUCACUGCAAAAACACCCAAAAUUAAGUGAUAAUUUUGAUAAUUUUCCUUCUAAUCAGAUAAUCUGAGAAGCUUUUGAUCGUAGUUGAAAUUAUUCAGGUUAUAUAAAAUAGCCCAGUAUUUCAACUUGCACGUUUUAAUUCCAGUGUUUGAUUUGUAAAUAUGCUCAAAUUGAAAUAAUUUAUUGGUAUGUUGCUGAAGUAAUUUGAGUGUCUUUUCCUUUUUUUUUAUAGUCCCAAUCUUUCUCCAUGUGUGCUUUGGUAUUGAUAUUUUAUUCUUGUCUUUGUCACCUCAGCCUUCCUCUGUGCCAGUAACAGUUAUGACCUAUUAAAAUGUACCUCAGUUUUAGUUAUUUUAUACAUUUUACAAAACAUUUAUUGUUGUUAAGAUAAGUGCUUUCCUCUAACUAUGAACUUGCAUUGUGUUUUCAGGUCUUUUAGGUUGGUAGAAUAAGGUAGGAUAGUUUUUUUUAUUUAUUUUUAUUAUGUCAAAUGCAUUAUUUAUUAUGUUGAAGGAGAGAAAACUACAGUUGUGAUACUGCCGUUUUGGAACAACAUAUUGUAUUUUCUCGUGUAUUACGUGCUCGAAAUAUCAGUGAGUGCAGGAGGUAGUGUUUUUACUAGCAUGCUUCUAUGCACACUUUACCCUAUACUACUGAAAUGUAUGUUUACAUUACUGAAUGUAAAAUAGGGACCAUCAGAUCCUCACCCCCCAGAUGAUUCUAUUACUGUAUAUAUUUAGUAAUAUAUGUAAAAAAGACUGGUGAAACUUUGAAUUACUGUUGGAACUCUUUAAUAUUGAACUAGAAGCCUUUAUCUUCAGUUAAAAGUUGCCAACGUUUUGGACAUCCCCUUAUUGUUAUGUAUUUACAUUCACUGAGCACUUUAUUAGUCUCAGUAAAGUGCCUGAAAUGGUCUUCUACCCAUCCACCUCCAGGUUCGACGUGUUGUGCUAUUCUACUUACUGCAAUUGUACUUUUGUACAGUAACUCAGAUAAACACUGUACUCAGUGUUUAUCUGAGUUACUGUAGCCUUUCUGUCAGCUCGAACCAGUCUGACCAUUCUCUGUCCACAUAAUGCUGCUCAAUGGCUAUGUUUUGUUUCUGGCACCAUUCGGAGUAGACUCUAGAUACUGUUGUGUGUGAAAAUCCCAGGAGAUCAGCAGUUACAGAAAUACCCAUCUGGCACCAACAAUCAUGCCACGAUCCAAAUCACUGAGAUCACAUUGUUCCCCCAUUCUGAAGGUUGAUUUGAACAUUAAUUGAAGCUCCUGACCCAUAUCUGCCUGAUUUUAGUCAUUGCACUGCUGCCACAUGAUAAGAUAAUCACUUAAAAAAGUAGGUGUAAAGGUGGUCCUAAUAAAGUGCUCAGUGAGUGAAUAUAGUGUGGUAAACAAUUCAGAUAAAUGCAGCAGCUUAGGCCAUGCAUCUGAAGAACAUGACAAUUAUUGUUAUAAAAACCUGAUUACUUGUAACCUUAACAAUGCACCUUUAAAAAUGUAUUUUUUAUUUUUCUUCCUUGAUGAGUGUAUUUUUGUAUUCAUACCUCUUGUUUGUUUGUUUUUUACCUACACAAUAUGUCCAUGUCAGAUUGGAAGAAAUAUGACUUUCUUGAAGAGAAAUAAAUGAAUCA